AUGUUCCUCGUCCUCAUUCUUCACAAAGUCACCAACGACCGCCGUGUCCAGUUUGGGUGUUUCAGUAUCAGUCAUUCUAGUACUGGAUGCAAGGGUGAUAGCACUGUGGCAUCAAAAGCGAUUGGCGAGAUGGAGGUAAUUUGUUCGCUCGCUGGGGGAGCGACGCGUAGACGCGGCUGA